CAAACGCUGCAUAAUGGAGGGAUUAGUAAAGUCACAGUUGUGGAGGUAUGUAAUGGUCCUUCUGUUUUUCUCCGCUAUUUUGGACACCGCGUCCUCUGUUACGCACUAUUCUAUCCCAGAAGAAAUGGAGGAAGGCUCUGUUGUGGCUAAUUUAGCCUCAGAUUUGGAUCUGGAUGUGGAAACACUGAGCAAACGAAAAAUGCGGCUUGACAUUAUAUCAAACAAAAAAUAUCUCGAUGUCAAUAAAGAAACAGGAGAGCUCUACAUUUUAGAAAAGAUGGAUAGAGAAUAUCUCUGUAUAUCAAAAACAGCAACAACAUGUUUUAUUAAAAUGGAAGUCACACUCGAGAAUCCUGUGCGCAUUUUUAACAUUGAAAUUGAAAUUGUGGAUAUAAAUGAUAAUGCUCCCCAGUUUCGCAGAGAUACGAUCCAUCUGGAUAUUUCAGAAUCUACAGGAGCCGGAGAGAGAUUCUCGCUCAGUAAUGCGGUGGAUCCUGAUAUCGGCUCGAAUUCGAUAAAAACGUAUUAUUUGAGUGAGAGCGAACAUUUUGACAUUCAAUUACAAACAGGGAGGGACGGAUCAAAAUUUGCUGAUUUGAUCCUAAAAAAGCCUUUAGACAGAGAAGAACAAGCUUCACAUAAUCUGAUCCUCACUGCUGUGGAUGGAGGAGUCCCCGCGCGCUCCGGCACGGCUAGCAUUAUUGUGCGCGUUCUGGACACUAAUGACAACGCCCCUCAGUUCGAUAAAGACAGUUAUACUAUAAAUCUAACAGAAAACUCGCCCACUGGAAGCCUUGUAGUGAAAUUAAACGCCACAGAUAAAGACGAGGGCUCAAAUUCAGAUUUACUUUACUCUUUUAGUUUGUAUACAUCAGAGAAAACGCAGCAAACCUUCAGUCUGAAUCCUAACAAUGGGGAAAUCAGAGUUAAAGAAAUGAUUAAUUAUGAGGAUUUCAGGAUCUAUGAUAUGGAAAUUAUUGCAACAGAUAAAGCAGCUAAUAGUCUCUCUGGGAAGUGUAAAGUAAAGAUAUUAAUCACAGAUAUGAAUGACAAUCAUCCUGAAAUUUCUAUAAAGUCAUUCACAAGUCCAGUUAAAGAAGAUGUACCUGUAAAUACAGUAAUUGCAGUUGUUAGUGUGAGUGAUAAAGACUCUGGAGAAAAUGGACAGGUAGAUAUUCAUAUUUCUGAUGAUUUACCUUUUGCGCUUAAAGAAUCAUCUGAUAAUUAUUAUGAAUUAUUAAUUUCAGAACCGUUAGACCGUGAAAAGGUUGCGGAAUAUGACAUCACUAUAACCGUCACUGACAGGGGCAACCCGCCGUUAUCUGAUAAUGAAACUAUAACUUUAGAGCUACUGGACGUUAAUGACAAUGUUCCUCAGUUCCCGCAGACAUUCUACACGAUCCCUGUUAUGGAGAAUAACGCGCCUGGAGCUUCACUGAGCUCUUUAACUGCUAUAGACCCAGAUCUGCAUGAAAACCAGUAUCUAGUUUAUUUUAUAAUAGAGAAGGAAAUAGUGAACACCUCCAUGUCCAUGCUGUUCUCCAUUAACCCAGAGAACGGCAAUCUUUACGCGCUAAAGACCUUUGACUAUGAGAUGGAGAAGGAGUUUCUUUUUCACAUCGAGGCCAGAGACUCUGGUGUUCCUCCGCUCAGCAGUAACGUGACCGUUCACAUUAUUAUCAUGGAUCAGAACGACAACACGCCGCUUAUAGUGUCUCCAUGGCGCGCGCACGGCUCGGAAGUGAAGGAAAAGAUCCCGAGAUCCACAGAUAAAGGAACUCUGAUAGCCAAAGUCAUCGCCAUAGACUCUGACUCAGUGCACAACUCUCGGAUCACGUACCAGUUCCUCCAGAACACCGACGCCACGUUAUUCAGCUUGGAUCAAUACAACGGAGAGAUCCGGACCAUGAGAAUGUUCAGUUACAGAGACUCGCGAGACCAGCGGCUGGUGGUGAUCGCCAAAGACAACGGAGAGCCCGCGCUCUCUGCUACAGUCACCAUCAAACUGUCCACGGUGGAGACCGCCCUCAAAACCUAUACUGAGGUGCCUUUGGAGUAUGACAUCUUCUCAGAUCUAAACCUGUAUCUGGUGAUCGGCCUGGGCUCUGUCUCGUUUCUUUUACUCAUCACUAUACUGGUGACCAUCGUGCUGAAGUGUCAGAAAGCGAAGCCCAGCAAAGCGGCUCCUCCGUGCAGGAACAGUGUGAUCAGCGAGAGGAACUCGACCAUCGCGGACUCCACUCUGGUCUCCAACGAUGCCUACUGGUACAGUUUAUUUCUAGCAGAGACGAGGAAAGGAAAGCUGGUGGUCAGACAGCCUGCGCCGAAGGGAGCGAGAUACAUCGUGUCCAGUUUACCGAGGAGCACAGGAGUGACCGAGACCAGCGACUCAGCCGCUUCUACUCUACAGGUAGGCCUAUAUAAUGUUAACACGUAAAAAGUCCUUCAAAGAAGCCAGACAACAGAGAAUACAACUUGACCUUUCAACCUUUGGCCAAACACCUUUUCAUGACUCAACACACUUUUUUCAGCUUUUUCCAUUCACAAAUUUUCCAGCUUCCCAUCUUGUAUGGGGUCAGUGAGACUUGGCAUACAUAAAUUUCAUAAAUUUGCCCUCUGUGCAUCACCUUCGAAACUUGAGUUUCAGCCGUUCUUAGCAGAUAUUCGCUUUACACUAGAGUUUUUGUACGUGUGUAAUGUUUUCUUUCUGUCUUUGGUACAUAUCUAAUACCUGUUCUUUUAAUUUUAAGUCAGUUUUUUUUUAGUAAUUAAAGUUCAUCCUGACUUUUUAAAGUUAACAAUCUAUGCUUUUAUCUGUUCAGAGUCAGACUGAUAGCGAUUUGUGAAUUUCUGCUGUUUGUUCUGAUUCCACAGCCCCAUAUUUUUUCUCUUUUACCUGUUGUAUAUAUUCCUAGCUUCCCUCUGGCUGAGCCAGCUGUGAAAGAGAUUGUGUGUGUGUGUAACAUGUAAAAACUUGUGCAAGCAUGUAGCGUGACGUGUUGCUUCUCUAUCAGAGCAGAUUGACCUACUUUCCUGUCCUGCUGUUUCACCCGCACUUCUGAUGCUCACAAACCUUCAUACUUUUAUGCUUAAAUCUCUUAAUAUUCUGAUUUAAUGUUGGACUCCAAAGAUUUAUGCGCUUAUUUAGACAAAAAAAAUCUUAUCACAGUUGCCUCAAAAGUAUUUGGACUUGCAUCAAGCUUUGUUUACAUGCACUCUAAACAAUGCUGGGUUUUUUCAACCCAAUGGACAAACCCAAAUGUUUGGUUAAAAAUGUUAGGACUG